AUGCCGAGCUCGCCGGCGCAAAUGGCACUUGGCCGCGCGAGAUCGCCGGCGCUGGUGCUCGCCGCCGCCGUCCUUGGCGCGCUCUGCGUCGUCGCGCUCUCGGAGGAUGAGCAACUGGAGAACCUGCGGUUCGUGCAGCACGCGCAGGACGCGCCGCUGGUGUCGCACUACAACUACAUCGUGGUGGGCGGCGGCACGUCCGGGUGCCCGCUGGCGGCGACGCUGUCGGAGCACUCGCGGGUGCUGCUGCUGGAGCGCGGGGGCCUCCCCUACCGCAACAUGUCCAACCAGGAGCACUUCACGGACGCGCUGGCCGACACGUCGCUGGCGUCCCCGGCGCAGCGGUUCGUGUCCACGGACGGCGUGGUGAACGCGCGGGCGCGGGUGCUGGGCGGCGGGAGCUGCCUCAACGCCGGGUUCUACACGCGGGCCAGCAACGAGUACGUGCGCACGGCCGGGUGGGACGCCGGCCUCGUCAACUCGUCGUACCGGUGGGUGGAGCGCGCGCUGGUGUUCCGCCCGGACGUGCCGCCGUGGCAGGCCGCGCUCCGGGACGCGCUGCUGGAGGCCGGCGUCACCCCCGACAACGGCUUCACCUUCGACCACGUCACGGGGACCAAGAUCGGCGGCACCAUCUUCGACAACAACGGGCAGCGCCACACGGCCGCCGACUUCCUCCGGCACGCCCGGCCGCGGGGGCUCACCGUGGUGCUCUACGCCACGGUGUCGCGGGUCCUGUUCAGGAGCCAGGAGGGGGUGCCGUACCCGGUGGCGUACGGGGUGGUGUUCGCGGACCCGCUGGGGGUGCAGCACCGGGUGUACCUCCGGGACGGGGGCAAGAACGAGGUGAUCCUGUCGGCGGGGACGCUGGGGAGCCCGCAGCUGCUGAUGCUGAGCGGCGUGGGCCCGCAGGUGCACCUGGAGGCGCACAGCAUCCAGGUGCUGGUGGACCAGCCCAUGGUCGGGCAGGGCGUGGCCGACAACCCCAUGAACUCGGUCUUCAUCCCGUCGCCGGUGCCGGUGGGGCUGUCCCUGGUGCAGGUCGUCGGGAUCACCAAGUCCGGCAGCUUCAUCGAGGGCGUGAGCGGCUCCGAGUUCGGCAUCCCGGUGUCCAACGGCGCCCGCCGGCUGGCCAGCUUCGGGCUCUUCUCCCCGCAGACCGGGCAGCUCGGCACGCUGCCGCCGGGGCAGAGGACGCCGGAGGCGCUGCAGCGCGCGGCGGAGGCGAUGCGGCGGCUGGACAGGCGGGCGUUCCGGGGCGGCUUCAUCCUGGAGAAGAUCCUGGGGCCGGUGUCGACGGGGCACAUCGAGCUGCGCAGCACCGACCCGCGCGCCAACCCGGCCGUGACCUUCAACUACUUCCAGGAGGCGGAGGACCUGGAGCGGUGCGUCCGGGGGAUCCAGACGAUCGAGCGGGUGAUCCAGUCGCGCGCCUUCUCCAACUUCACCUACGCCAACACCACCGUGGAGUCCAUCUUCACCGACUCGGCCAACUUCCCCGUCAACCUGCUGCCGCGCCACGUCAACGACUCCCGCUCGCCGGAGCAGUACUGCAGGGAGACCGUCAUGACCAUCUGGCACUACCACGGCGGGUGCCACGUCGGCGCCGUCGUCGACGACAACUACCGGGUGUUCGGGGUCAGGGGGCUCAGGGUCAUCGACAGCUCCACCUUCAGGUACUCCCCCGGCACCAACCCGCAGGCCACCGUCAUGAUGCUCGGCAGGUAUAUGGGCAUAAAGAUUCAGGCCGAGAGAUGGAGGAAAUGA